AGAAAAGUUUAUAUCCAAGACAAAAGAGUUGACAACAGUGAAAAAAAUGUGGCAUAUAGCAGCAAACGAAAUUUAUAUUCUAAUACUUGGAAUAUUGUUUACUGUAUUUAUUGGAUUUAUCUCCAUUAAACUAUUCCAAGUAAGAUUUCCACAGCUUACAUGUGGUCCUGCCAAAGAAACAUUUAUUGUAUUUGUUGCAAUCAUGUUAACAUUGCUACUUUUACCCACAAUAUGUGUUGUGGAAGAUAUUGUUGGGACUUGGCUGCAUGUGUUUUUACAUCAUUUGUGUACUUCCUUUGUUAUCCUUUUAGUUAUCCUGGGUAUUUGUUUUAGGAAGGAGAUUGCUAAUGGAUUAACAGAAAACAUUUUUAGUACAGAGAAACAAUCAUCUCCAAGUCCAAAGUUCAGCGUAACAAGAAAAAGCCAAUAUGGAAGACAAAUGUCAAGAAGAGGUAGUAAACAGCAUAAUACCAAUAAGAGCUUGUCUCCAAAAAGGGAGAGGAGAGUUUACAUAAAUUAUGAGAUGGAAUUAAAGAAGGGUUACAUUCAGGCAAUAUGUUCAGUGCACAAGGACAUGAAAGAGGAAACCAUCAAAAAGGCUAUGAGAUAUAUGAAUGACAGAGGAAUCUUCACAGCUGAAAGGAGAAAGGCCGAAGUAGUAUUGAAGAAUAUAGAACACAUAAAAAAUUUAGAGGGAUGGGCCAUAAACUUUGGCAUGGAAAGAGUUCCAGGCAUGGAGUUUCCAAAAGAAUUGACAAAGAAACAGAUGGAAGAUGUGUUAUUGAAAAUGAACUUAUGGAAACCUCUAGAUAUCAAAGUCGUCCUUCAACAGAAUUUCAGCAAAUACGGUUUCUACCCUAUACCAACAGAGUUCCAUAGUAUUUAUGAAGAAAAGAAAGGUAAUAUAGCUGAACUGAUGAAGACCAGAAAGAGGCAUAGAAAAGAAAGCAGUAUUUUGAGAUCUAAGAACAAUGAUUUGCAACAAGAAAAUGUUGCCAUAAAGCAAAACACCAUUUCCAAGGCAACACAUCAGCAACUGUUGGGAGAAUUACAAGCUAAAUUAGACUAUUUUCAACAAAGACUUAACUGUAAAAUUUGCUUUGAAAAAGAACUAGAAGUGAAGGUUCUUCCUUGUCAGCAUGUCUUUAGUUGCAGGGAAUGUUUUAAAAGGACUACUAAAACAAGUUGUUUUAUUUGUGAGGGUUUAAUUCAGAACACUGAAGUAUUUUGUUUUUCUUAAGACAAUCGAUACAUGCAUUUUUAUGAUAUGUAAAAUUUUACCAAAAAAUGACAAAUGGAGGCCAGUGUUUUAGUAGAAUAUAUUACCCGAGUUGUAUUCAAUAAUUCACAAAACUUGCGUUACUAUGAAGCAGAACACAGAGAUGGGUAAAAUAUUUCUUUUCUUUUUGUGAUUUUGAUACUGCUGAUUUUUAUUUUAAAUUUGUAUUUAUAAAAUAGUGACCAUCAGUAUUCAUAUGUCAGUCAUAGUACCCCAUAGAAUUUUUUUUUUUUUAAGUUUUUUUACUAGUUGCAUGUAAUAUAAAGUCAUCAACUCCCUAUAGGUGAAAAUAACAGGAGAUAAUAAACUUGCCCAACUUCCUGAUCAUAAUCUUUCUUACUUUUGAUCACAUAACAGGUCAUUGACAAAGCGUCAUUUAAGAAGAUAAUGUGUACAAGGGGGAACAUACAGGCUGAUAUCCAGUUGAAAUUAAACAAAAGAAAUGAAACUCUUUAUUGAAGAAGGUAAAAAAAGGCCAAGUUGGUAUACUAGUAUUUGAAUUGUUUACAUCUGUUUCUAUGGGCUUUAAAAGUCUAAUGUAGGUGUAUAAUUUAGGAUUUCAUGUAUAUACAUGUUUUUACUUACCGGUAAAUUAUAGUAUGGAGCUUCGAGAUAUUUAUUGACUUUUAAAUUAAAGAAUAAUGUUCACAAAACAGUAGAUUGUGGUAGGUGUAAAUACAUGUGGAUCUUUUUUGUGCAUAAUCAUGAAUUCCUCUGAAAAAAAUUCCACAGAAAGAUAAAAGAUUGAUCUUUUUAAAGCAUUCAUUUGCAUCUCUGCCCCCGGUGACAGUUUUUUGAGAAAAAUCCUUAAAAUGGGCAAUAAUUUCAUCGAAAAAGACAAAUUCAGGUACACCUUUUUAUGUUCUGCCAUGUUUUAGGUGACAAUUUUGUCUUGAAAAUGUAUAAAGCAAAAAUAUUUGAUGUAUCAUCUUGCUUCAGAUUCUAUUAUUUUUAUAUAUUUAGGCUACAGGUUGAUAUAAUAACAUUAAAAAAUGAAAUAUAUGGAUCAAGGGAAAUACCUUUCUAAUGAGUCAUUACAACACGGUGUGUUUGAAUCACAAAUUUUUAUUGAAAACCCUUGAUGACAGACUUUACAAGUGGAUCUUAAAAAUGCAGAACUUCGAAAAAAUUCCAUUUUUUGUGUGUAUUAUCAAGGGUAAUUCCUCUUCAGCCUCUCAAAAUUUUUAGUCUGCCCUUUCAUGAUUUUUAAUUAGAAUUUAUUUUGUGUUGUUGAACUUUCGAAAAUUCACUCUGACAACCUAUCAGACAUUACUUUUAAGUUGACUAAAGACCUAAAAGUACAUUUAACAAUGCUUAAUAGCUAGUAGAUACAUUUGUCUCUUAAAGUUCAACUAUAUAAGGAUUGUAAUGGUGCUAUGUGGAUAAAUUUAUCGGUUUUCAAGAUCUGAAUUGACAGCGUGUCAUCCCUACAAUUGCUUCCAUUUUUACGAUUGAAAAAAUUAGUUGGCGUAAUGGGGAGAUAAUUUGACGAAGUAGAAUCCUGACUGCAUAUAGAUGGUUAAUAAGCUACAUUUAAGGAUAAUUUUGGUGCAAAAUAUUAAAGAUGAGUAUAUAGGAAACAAUAAAAAGACUAAUCAUAGUGUGUCAUUAGUUUACUUACGUAUAUAAGAAAAGGAUAUUUUGUAAACAUUGCUUAACACAUCUUAAACCUUUAUGAACCAUUCAACUGUAAAUCAAAAUACAUAUUUAUACCAAAACAAAUAUUUCUAGCAUUUAAAAACCGUACCAAACUGAUGCAUAUUUUUUUCAAAAGGCGAAAAAAUUACUUCCCAUUUUGGCUAUACAUCUUGUUGUAUUUGAGCAAUUUAAGUCGUUAUUAAAACUAGAAAAGAAAAUAAACAAUUUUUGUCUGACCUGCGAUGAAAGUAGCAGAAUCCGAGACACAGGGAUAACAAUCUGGAGGUGGCAUAAACUAUUUGUGUAAAGCUUUAUAUUUCAGAAGGUAGAAGACCUGGAUGCUUCAUACCUUAUAAUAAACUCAGAGCAAGGGAAAAAGUGCUUUUAUCCCUGUUCUUGGAUCUCAAAGUCACACAGCGGUUAGAAAAAUAUUGUCAUCCUUGGACUUCUACAGGCAGACAGUAAAACCCUUGCUAAAGUGUGGGCUGUUAAGU